CGGGCCCUGCCCCUGCGCCCCUGCCGCUGCCGCUGCCGCUCGCGGUUGAACCCGUGGAACUUCGUCUUUCUCGUCUCCCCCAAAUCGACGAGCAGGGCGAGCGGAAUUCUAGGGCGAGCUCUCCCCCUCCCCCUCCAUCCCCACUCGCCAAGGCGCCCAGCGGCCAGGCCGUUUCCUCCGGCCCUCCUCCCGGCCCUCCUCCCGGCCCCGAAUUUCCAUCCCGACUUCCCAGUCCUCGGAUCUCCCGCCAGCCAUCUGGUCGCUCCCAAAGUGAGUAAGAAGAUCUGCUGGACCAGCACAACGAGGAGACCCAGGCCAGAGAGCAAUCCUGCUGUGAAGUAGUCAUCUAUGUCAUCUAGGAGUAAUUCAAAGAGGCUGCCCUCAGAUGACAAUGUUGCCUCUGACGGAGGACUCCGACGUCGAGAGUUUUAUCUGAAUGGUCCUUCCCUGGACCGUGCUUCCAAGCGUAUCACCGAGGGUGUUCUGUCCCCUCCCAACUUGAAAAACUCACAUAAGAGCAAGGGGAGCCACCAGUUGCAUUCUGAGGCAUCAGGUAGUAACUCAAGAAAGGGUGAAAGCAAUCAUGGGAUACAUGUGUCAGCAGGGAAUGAUGAUUUGUCAACCACGCAGAAACCAAGGAAAGUGAAGCUCAAAAUUGGUGGAAUCAGCCGGACCAUACCGGCAAAACCAAACCCUGCCAUACCAGAUUCCAGGUCUUCAGCUGCAAAGCCUACACGGCCAGGAGAUUCAUUGCACCGGCAAAAGCAUGGUAAUCAGACUGAAGGUGCCAAAGAUUCAAAUAGGUUGCCCUCUUCUCAAGACAAGAAAACAAGAAAGCUGAGGAAAAUUGAAGAUACCUUGACUCCGGAACAACCUGCCAAGGUUCAGAGAGAAGCGUCUUCGGAUCCUGUCCGGAAGAGUAGAAGGAUUGCUAAGAAAUCCAACUUGGACAGUGAAUUAGAUGAGGAAUAUGGUUUAAGUACUCCUGAAAAUCAUGGAGCUUCUAAUGAUAAUGAGGGCCAUAUUCGUGAACCUAAAAACAAAGGAGGGAGUAACCCUAAGAAGAAUGCUUCGAAGAAAGACCGGAGCAGGAGCACAGUUUAUGAGGUUGAUAAUGAUUUUGUUACACCCCAAUCAAAUAGAGAUGGCAAGAAAAGGUCAAGAGAUUCUACUGAUGCUGAUGAGGAUAAUGCAGAAGAGGAGCUGGCCUCUGAUAAUGAGCUUGAAGCUGAAAACAAGAAGCAGAAAGCAGUCACUCAAUUGUCUGCCAGUGUUAAGAGUGAACCUCUCACAACGCGUCGCCGAGCCCUUCAAUCAUGGAUGGAUGGGAACAGCAACAGUACCAUUGAGUUCCCCGAUGGUUUACCAGCAGCUUCGUCAAGAAGCAAGAAGGAAAAGCUCUCUGAUGCUGAGAUGCUCGCGAAGAAGGCUGAGGCUGCACAGCGGCGCAAGAUGCAAGUGGAGAAAGCCACUAAAGAAAGCGAGGCUGAAGCUAUAAGGAAAAUACUGGGCCUGGACACCGAGAAGAAGAAAGAAGAGAGGAAGCAGAAGGAGCGAGAGGAGAAGGAGAAGGCAGCCAGAGCGCAAGAACUCGCCAGGAGCUCCAUCCGGUGGGUCAUGGGGCCCACAGGCACGGUGGUCACGUUCCCUGAAGAAGUAGGCCUCCCCAGUAUCUUCAACUCCAAACCCUGCAGCUACCCUCCGCCGCGUGAGAAGUGUGCCGGACCGUCUUGCACGAACGCGUACCGGUACAGGGACUCGAAGCUGAAGCUCCCCCUGUGCAGCCUGGAGUGCUACAAAGCUGUCCGCGGGAGCGCUUGAUUUUGAGGACGCCGGCCGGGGUGGCGUCAGAGCUCCCUAUUUUCGCAGCCACAUUCAUUCAUGCACCUUCAGAAUAAGAGAUUAUCGUGGGCCAGUCCUGACGAUGCAAAUUUGUUCGUUGGUCGAAUAAGCCAGUUACAAAAUAGUUACACAUAGCUCUGUGGGUAAAAGAUUAUCGUGUACUGCACCAGUUUGUUUUACUACACCAUUGAGAUGUACUGAACCAGUGAUGUUACCGGAUGAUUUCUAAGUAGAUAUAUUACACAUACAUAUAGAGCAGACAGCAGACAAAGAUACUUUUA